UCCCUCAAUAGCCUCUCCUCUUUUCUAUUGGAUUGUAAUAGACUGAUAGCUCAAGCAACCAACAACCAAAAAAAAAAGAGAGAGAAAAAAAAAAAAAAACAAAAUUAUCUCUUGAAAUUGUUAUUUUCUUUUGGUUUUAUUUUUAAUUAUCAGGAAACUUUUUUCGAGUUUUAUUAGAUUUUGUGUUGUUCUUGUUUAAUUUUCUCGUAGGAAGUUUGCUGGCUUCAGUUUCUUCGUAUGCAGAAGAAAAAAACUUUUUUUCUGUUUUUUUUUUCAUUUCCUGGAGAGAAGUCUCUUAAAUCUUAAUAAUUAAUAUUCCUGUUUUGUUAUUCCAAUUAUAGCUCCAGAUUAAACAAAAGCUAUCAACUUGAAAUUUCUUUCCAAAAAGUUCUCUCAUUGUUGUCUAUAAAAAUUGGAACUUUUUGAUAAAAAAGAAUAUAGAGAGAUAAUGGGGAAGCAAGGACCUUGCUACCACUGUGGAGUUACAAGCACACCUCUGUGGAGAAAUGGGCCACCAGAGAAGCCAGUUUUGUGCAAUGCGUGUGGAUCGCGUUGGAGAACAAAGGGAACACUUGUGAACUACGCGCCACUCCACGCUCGUGCUGAUGGUGAAGAGAACCAAGAUCAUCAGAGGUAUCAAAGAAUGAAAAGCAUCUCUGUAAGUAACAAGAACACAGAACCAAAGAUGCUGAAGAGGAAAGCAAUUCAAGAAAGCCUCCCCAUCAAAAGACAGGCCUUAGAAUUCAAUUAUGGUUUGAAGAAGGCCAUGGUAGAGGAAGAUGCUAGUAAUAGAUCAAGUUCUGGUUCGGCUAUAUCAAACACCGAGAGCUGUGCACAGUUUAGCAGUGCAGGAGAUGGGACUGAGUUAAAUGCUUGGGAUACGACUGUUCCCAGCAAGAGGAGGACGUGUGUGGGACGUCCAAAGUCAUCAUCUUCUGUUGAGAAGCUCACAAAGGACCUUUACAAUAUUCUACAAGAGCAGCAAUCGUCAAUUUCGUCAGAGCAAGAUCUUCUUUUUGAGUCGAUGUUCUCUGCUGAGAUUGGACAUGGGAGUGUUCUGAUGAAGAGUCCAUACUCUUUUUCUCGGGAAGAGGAGUCUGAAGCUAGCUCACUCUCUUCGGUUGAGAACAAGUCAUCCAUCAGUGAUGCAUACUCACAUUCCGAGAAGCGUGCGGAAAUUGGAGCAGUGAGAGGUUCAGAGUUUGUUGGGGAAGCAAUAAAGCAAGAGCAGCUCAAGAGAACCAAGUCUCAAACUGGAGGAGUGCAUGUCCUUGGGAGUCAUGGUUCACCACUUUGUAGUAUAGACUUGAAAGAUGUUUUCAACUUUGAUGAGUUCACAGAACAUUUCACAGAGGAAGAACAGAAGAAACUGAUGAGAUUACUUCCUCAGAUUGACUCUGUUAGCCUUCCUGAUAGCCUCAGAAUGAUGUUUGAAAGUGCUCAGUUCAAAGAGAACUUCUCUUUGUUUCAGAAACUUAUUGGAGAUGGUGUCUUUGAGAUGCCUUCUUCCUGUGGGGCAAAACUCGAAGACAUAAGGGCUUUUAAGAAGCUUGCGUUGUCUGAUUUUAACAAAUCUCGUUUGGUGGAAAGCUAUAACCACUUUAAGGAACGUGAAAAAGGGUCCGGGGAUUCUGUUACUACAACUUCAAGAAGCUUAAACCCAAAUGUACCUAAAAAUAAUGUGACCAUUAAGAGACGUUGUGAAAACCAAACUCAAGUAAAGUCAGAGUCAAGAGGGCUUAUGAGGAGUCCCAAAAGUGUGACGAAGAUGAAAGCAAGCGAUGAAAGCAAAGUUCUGACAGAGAACAACGGUUCUUGCUUCGGCCCAAGAAGUCUGGCUUCUGUGGUUGUGCAAGAAAGUGGUACUACGGAGUUUGGAAAUGAAAAUAACUGCAGUUCUGAUCAAGAUCUACUUCUUAUGGACUUGCCAUCAAAUGGGUCGUUUCCUCAAGCAGAGCUGCUUCACCAACUAUGAGGAGACAAAGCUUCAAACUUCAUGGUGCUUCUCAGUGGUAGUGGAAGGAUGAGGAAGACUCUUUAGGCUUGAUUGAGAUUUGAUUAAAGAGACUCUUUAGGCGUUCUGAGGAAAGGACCAAGUGAAGUUUCUGCUUUAGAAACUGGAAUAUGCAAACAUAAAACAUGCCUUUUUUUUCAUUUGAGUCGUGGGCCUCUCUUUGGUGGGUACAUGUUAUAAGGUGGGUCUUAUAUAUACAUAUCAUAACGUUAUUCUUAUCUAUACAUACAUAAUGCAUCUUCUCUUUCAAUGAAAUUAAUCAUUAUUUUCAUUUUUUGUGGGCUUCUUUUAUUGGAAUUUUAGUUUCUGAUUUUCUUUUGUAUAGGAUUAGAUGAUACUUAAUAUCAUGUAAACUCCCUAAAUGCAGAUAAUGGAGUAAACGAGUACUGUAUUAGAUUUUGGGAUUAAUACAUAUACACAUGGAGUUGUCC